AUUAUGAAUGUAUGAAUAUAUACGUUUACAUAUUCUUUAUAUUAACUUGGACGAAUUUAUUUUAAACCGUUUUGCAUUGGCAUUCUUUACAAAGAUGACCACUUGGACUGAGGUUUAUACACUUUUGUUUAGUUAAAAUUUAAGCUGUAGAUAAAGCGAAGUUUAAUCUAAAUCCUCGCUUAGCCGUAUUAAUCAAUACAUAUACAUACGCACGCAAAGGUAAUCAACUAAGUCCAGAGAAAUGUAGUUGCCCCGUAAUAAUUAUUCACAUGCGUUCACUGGACGAAUCUCGUAUAAAAUAUUAAAAUGUCCCUGAAAAUGGUUUUGUGGCGAGCAUUUCCGAAAAAUCGGCACCGACGCCUGUUCGUGGGGUUUGUUGCGGCUGUGGUUGUGUUUGGCCUGGUCGUGAAGCUACUUUCGCAAGGACUUGACAAGGCAGCUCACCGUUUUAACGAUUCUGACCUCAAUAGAGACAACUUUGAAGCUGAAUUUGAUUCGGAAGAGGAAUUAUUUUUGGACCAUUUUAUCAGCAAAGAUGAACAGAACGCCAAAAUGGAAGAAGAAUUAACGGCUUUGGCACUAUCACAAGUUGGAAACUUACCCAAUCGCAAUUUCAUAUUGAAAGGACGUUCAGGAAAGUUUUCAAGUUGUGGAAAUUUUCCGGAUUUAUUCCGUCUAGAAUUCAGUAAUUUGCAUUGGCAGGUUCAAAGAAUUGGGAAUCUCACCUUCUACCUCUACAGAGCGUAUGUUGACAAGCGCCCCAGUAAGGGAACAGCAGGACCACUAAUUCGCAUCUUGGCUAUGGUGGAUGAACCCAAUAAUCUCUUAAAUGUUCAUCCCGUAUGCCAAUUUUGGUAUCAGUACGAUAAUAAAAGGCCGACAAUUGUUCCUGUCCACCAAAAACUUCAAGUAUGGUUCACUAAAUGGAGCAAAAAGGGGAAAUAUACAGCAUAUCAAUUAACUUGUUCUACUCCAGAAUCAAAAGGUAUUCAAAAGGUUCCUCCAAUUUCUGUAUCGCUGGUGGGCCAUGCUUGUGAUAAUGCUACCAACAACUUGGGAAUACAAUUAGUCAACGACAUUGGUGAUUCAGAUUUUGAAGAAGCCGACCCGAUCGACAUAGGCGGCUCAGUAGCAAAUAAAAAGAAGCUGCGUUUCGGCGUGUGUGUGAAAGGUCUGGACUUUCUUCACAAUGAUCAAUCGUACCGAUUAAUCGAAUGGAUCGAGCUUCUGCUGCUUCUGGGGGUGCAAAAGAUUUUCUUUUACGAGUUUUCAGUCCACCCGAACGUGAAAAAUGUUUUGGACUAUUACAAAAAACUUGGGAAAGUAGACGUGACUCCAUUAACCUUGCCUGGCACACUGCCAAAUGAGCCUGGCCUGACGCACUUAUUUUUGUCAAACAUGGGACACUCGACCAAUAAGCGCAAAAAUGAGGUCAUUCCGUAUAACGAUUGCCUGUACCGAAACCUGAACCAGUUUGAUUGGAUUGGGUUGUUGGACACAGACGAGGUCAUAAUUCCGAAAAAUGGCAACACGUGGGAGGACUUAAUUAUAGAGAUUGAUGAGCAACUUUCUAAUCAACAUAAUGCAACACGUGACAUGCCGAUAACUUCCUAUUGUUUCAGAAACAUUUAUUUCUUCGACUCCAUUCCUCCCUGGGAGAAAGAGAUAGCGGAUCCAGUCCCAGCACACCUGCACAUGAUGAAACACAUAUAUCGUGCAGGGAACUAUACGCCUCCGAAAAAGUUCGUGAAAUGCAUUCACUCCACAGCCCACACUUUGCUGCUCCACAACCAUUUUCCACUAAAGUGUAUCGACGGUCCAUGCAAUAUUCACCAAGUUGAUGUUGACAUUGCACAAAUGCAACACUACCGACAGACCUGCGUUCGAGACUUGAAAAACUGUGACGACUAUGAAAACUCUUUAGUUCCUGAUUCUACAAUUUGGAAAUACAAGGAUGCUCUUACAACGCGAGUAAAUAAAGCAAUUUCGCAUAUACGACAUUUGGAAUGAGGCUUAGACGUUCAGAGCUAAAAAAACUUAAAGGUUGCUUUAUUUAGUUUUCAUUACUUUCAUGUUUUAGCUUGUUUUACACUUCUAUUUUGUCCUUGUGCAAUUAAAGAUACGUAUAAUAUCCCA